AUGGCGGAGACUGUGGAGCUGCCAGGGAGGCUCGCGAUCCUUCCGUUCAGGAACAAGGUGCUGCUGCCCGGCGCCAUCAUCCGAAUCCGCUGCACGUCCCCCUACAGGUGUCUUCUCCCUUGCCUCUUCGUCUUUGUUAAAUUGCAGAGUCUUCUCCGUGCUUUCCGGUGGGGUGAGGGGGGGAGGGUUCAUCUCUUGCUCCCAUGGCUCAUCCCGUGUGGGUAUUCUCCGGGAGUUGACUUAUUUGGAUCAUAAGUCUGUUUUCUUAUUUUCCUUCUUUGGCGACCAUAAUUUCUCGAAUUUUAACCUGAAUUUCGUGCUGAUCUUUGGCUGGAGUCUAUUUUGUAUUGUUUGGUAUUUUUUCUCCUCAUUGGACUCUUUAUUGAUCUAACCUGUAAAUCUGCAACUUCCAUUUAUCGAUAUUACGGUGCUCUCAAAUGAAAUAGUUCAGCGACCUCUUGAACUCACACCUUUUGCCGUCACGUUUUCUGCAGUGUCAAAUUAGUUGAGCAAGAGCUGUGGCAGAAGGAGGAUAAGGGUCUCAUUGGUGUCCUGCCUGUCAGGGACGCAGCUGAGGCCACAGCUGUCAGCUCUGUGUUAUCCACAGGUAUUAUACUUGGCCUUUUUUUUUAUUUUAGUUCCUCAUCUCCUUUUAAAUGGCCAUAUAUUUUGGCAAAUGAUGGUUAACAUCUGUUUUUUUCAAUCCGCCUUCUAGGUUCUGGUACUGAUCCUGGUUAUCAAAGUUUAAAAGGCUCAGUUGAUGCGGUGGAUUCCCAAAAGCCGGACGGAAAGAGCCUUGAGGGGCCCAUUCACUGGCAUAACAGGUUGCGUUUUCUGAGAUUGCACUUUUACGAUCGUCUUUCUUCGUAUAUUUAAUUGUUAACAUAUAUGUUGGAAACUUUAAUUGGAACAAUAAGUGAAACCAUGUAUUCCACGAGUUCAUGUAUCACCAAGGAAAUUCCCUGCCCAGAACUAUGGUCAAAUUUGAGAUCUCAUGGAACUGCGGUGGCAAUUGUUGCAAUAUUUUAUACUUUUGAGGUUAGGUCGGUGAUAUGAACCUUUUCAAGCAUCUUCAUGGAACUUGAUGGCUAAAAAUUGUUAACAAAAGCCCUUACACUUUUCUAUGUUGGAUUUUAAUUUCUAUUCAACAUACAAAUACACCUUUUUUCCAAAGAAGACAUGCACGAGUAUUUAGUGUUUAUUGAUCUCAUCUCUGAAAUAAAGGAUUUGUCAUGGAGUAUGCAUGGAGCAGUCGUAUGAAGCUUUUGGCUGUUCCUGAUGAUCUUUUGAAUUCAUCCAUUGGAUGAUCAAAACAUGAUAAAUCAUUGAGAGUUUUUUUACUAUUGUAUAGCUCUAAAACAACCCUUGAAACGUUUUAAGAUGACAACAAGGUAAAAGAUGAACUUCUGUUAAUCAGAAUUAGGAAUUUCUAGGCCAGAGGAGAGAACAGUCUUCAAUAAUGAAGAGUUGAGAUGUUUAGGGGCACAUUUCCCUGCAUGCAUGUUGCCUGUUUCGAAUAGAAGAUCAGUGUGGGGGAACACGGUAUUGUUCAAAAUUCUCCAAUCUUCCUGAAAAAUAAUGCAACUUAAAAUGAGCAAUAUUUUUUUGGAAAUUUGCAGAUAUGGAAGUAUUCAUCCCUAUAGAUUGAGUGUAGAAUCGGUGAAGUUUGGUGCCUUUGAUUACUGUUGCCUAUUAACUCAGUGUGGAUGUUGACUGACUGCUGGUACUUCGUUGAUCAGAAUAAUAAACGAGUGACACUACAGAUCAAACAGCAAAUGACAGUUUUAUGCUAGUUGUCAAUGCUCAAUAGCAAACUGGAGGAAAACCAUUUUUAAACAGAAGGUUCCUUAGAGUAGCAUAGAUGUGCAGGCCGAAAUUUGAGCGAGAAGUUGACUCUAUAAUAGCCCAUAUUCAAUGAUAAAUGAAAAUCUAUAUCUUUGUAAACGAGAAAUCAGCUGAGUAGAACUAACUGGAUUCUCGCGAUUUGUCAACUCUUCUUGGAGUUGAAAUUUCUUGUUUGCUGGAUUACAGGAAAAAAAAAUGACAGAAUAAAAACUCAUCGUGGUCUAGAACACAAAACUUAGUGACGACUGAACUGUAAAAAGAAAUUACAUUAUGGAAACAUUUUCUUAUAGACACAUCAUGCAGGUAAAGAACUUUGUGUGGAUGAAGUUCAUUCCGCCAAAGUCACAUUUUUCUCAUGCAAGGUAGCCAUAAAGGAUUUCCUGUAUGUGAUAUAACUAUGAAGUUAAGUAUAUUAAACAGAGCUGUAGCCUUUUAGAUGAAACAAUGAAUUCAUCAUUGAUUUAGUUAUGGAAUGUAGGCCAUAGAACUUCUUUGGGAAGGUUUUUUCAAAGACAUGAAUUAUAAUGAAUUUUAUGCUGUCUGAGGUCAAGUAAUGCAUGAGGUGAUACAGCUGUGGUUCCCCUGAUGAUUUACUUGUGGAAUGUGGUCCAAGGGGUUUUGUGGAAAUGACAUUUUUAGGACACGAAUUUAACGUGGCCUGAUGAUGAAGGAAUUCACGAGCUGAUCCACUCGUGGCUCCCUUCUGUGCUAGUAAUUCUGAAGUGACUUUGAUGAUUAUGGCUGUGCUUUGGACAUCUGAACUUAGAAACAUCAUCAGCGAUGUCUAAUGUUUUGCUUAAUAUGCUGAAGUCAACGUUCUGCUGCUUGUCAUGUUUCACAGUCUGUAUUGGAAAUAUGCAGAAGCACCUAUCAGAUAAUUUUAAUGCAUCACGAGGCUGCUGGCACUUAGUUGAUUCCUAUGGCUAAUGCAUCCCUGCUUGUUUUUCUGGCAUGAUGUAGACCCUGCAGUGUGCUGUGAGAGCUCAGUGAGAGAAUGGUUGAACAUGAAUGCUUUAAUUGGUCUUGUGUCACCACUUUUUAUCUACAAUUGCACAAUACUUAAGUUAAGUUUCUAAGUUUACAUUUUAUCUAAGUUUUUAUCUACAACUGACCUUUUUCCUCUACUUCAUUAAUGUAGUGACCGUUUCUUGUUCUUAGCGUUCCACUGGUCUGUAAUACUAGCAUACAUUGUGGGUUAAAUUUUUUAAUGACCGCAGUUGAAUUUAUUUCAAGAUAGUGUGCUAUGGUUACAGGGGAGUUGCUGCAAGAGCUUUACAUCUGUCUAGAGGGGUGGAAAAACCAAGUGGAAGGGUUACAUAUGUAGUUGUACUUGAGGGCUUGUGCAGAUUUAGUGUUCAGGAGCUUACUGCAAGGGGUACCUAUUAUACUGCACGUGUAUCACGCCUGGAUAUGACAAAGGCUGGUAAACUAAACAACUUUAGUUUUGAGUUUUGUUUGAUAUUUUUAUAUCCAUCUUUAUUUUAGUACUGUCAUUUGGGUUACAUUUGAACAUCUUCAAACCUUCCCGUAUUGAGGAAACAUAUAAUUUAUUUUCCAUCCAUAAGUGGUCAUUUAUCUUGUUGGUGGACUCACUACUAGCUUUCUAGCAUCAUCUAGUGGUCUUGAGCACUGCCUAUCAAUCCUCCUAUUUAAAGGUAGACUAGCCCAGCUUGGUCUCGGUAUCAUAAAGUGAGGUUGGUUCAUGUUUCACAGCCAGCCACAAAUAAUGUUCAUAGCCUUUGGAUUGUCUAAUCAGGCCUUAAGCUAAACGUAGAUUGGUGGAUAAGCCUUGAGGUUGACAGAGCUAAUAAAAUAAGCUGGAUACUGCAUUUCCAUUUGAAUGCUCAGCUUCUGAUCUUCUAAAUUCUUGAGAAUAGACGUUUUUGGAGUAGUCUGUUGACUUGGAUUAUUUUGUAUACAAAAUAUGAUACUCCAUUUAUAUUUUGUGCAUUAUGUAUUGGAUAAACAUAUAAAAUUAAUAUCAAAUAUGGGACACAAUGGGAACAUCACAUACAUUUCGCUGCAUCUGCACUCCGAACCCACUUACUAAGCCUGGGUAUAUUAUGCUCCAUUUAUGUACUUCUAAAGGCCUAUGAAACUCAUGAGGGUCCUCCCUUCUUGGCUUUUUUUUUUCUGCUAGGGUCUCUUUGUUUAGCAUUCCUCUAGGGAGGAGAUGCUUUGUUUCUGUCAACUAGGCGCAUUGCUUAACACCUCUUGAACAAAGUGUGGAUACUCCUCAUUCUUCUGUUAAUUAAUACCAGCAUAUUCUGAUGGUUGAACCUAUAAUUUUUUUAGGCAAUUCUUGCCACUUCACUGCUUCAUACAAAUGAAGUUUUCAAUAUUCCUAAAGAAUACGUUUCUGGUAGAUUUCCCUUUUACAACACUGUCUUUCUUUGGUUUUCAUAGAGAUGGAGCAAGCAGAGCAAGAUCCAGAUCUCAUCCUUCUAUCACGACAGUUUAAAGCUACUGCCAUGGAGUUGAUAUCUAUUCUUGAACAGGUGAAACAUGUUAUCCCAGAUUGCAUACUACUUGUCCUUCAGAAUCUUAUUAUUGUUAACUAACGAUGCAUGAGGAUUGAGAGAUGAUGAUAUGAUUUACCAUUUUCGCUCCUGGAUGUCAUGGCCCAUCAAAUUCUUAGUACAAAACAAAUGGAUCGGAAAGGAAUGAAGGGAAUUUUAAAGUUCAUCAUGCUUAAAUUUUUUUCAUAAAAAUAUUUGUGGGUAUACCUUGAAUUACUAUUAAAUGUAUCCAUUUUAUUUCAUGUUUUUUCUGGCUACAUCAGUUGAAUUCCUGUUAACUGAGAUCCAGUAGAGCUGGUCCUAGUUUAAUUGAUGUUCCAGGUUGUAAUUACAUAUGAAGAAAGAUAAAAUCUUGUGAUAUCAGCUUGGUUCUUCGGUUUGACAAAAUCAUGGCCCAUGAAUAAUUGGCAUAGGCUGUUGUCUCCCAUUUUCAUACAUCUUUCUCAAAUUACAUACGUGAAUCUCUGUUCCAUAUUUUUUAAAUCUUCUUGUCAUCCUCUAUUUCUUUUUGGAUCUGCAUUACACAUUGCAUGAUUAUGUUACACAUUGCAUGAUUAAACUGUGGCGAUAUGAUUCUUUUCAUCAACAUCGUGAUUACUAUUUUUAAGAGAUUUUGCUACUAAAUGGUUCCUUGCUUUAUUUCAGAAGCAAAAAACUGUUGGUAGGACGAAAGUUCUUCUUGAAACAGUUCCUGUACAUAGACUUGCGGAUAUAUUUGUAGCAAGCUUUGAAAUAAGCUUUGAGGAACAGUUAUCCAUGCUAGAUUCUGUUGAUUUGAAAGUUAGGCUCGUGAAAGCCACUGAGCUUGUGGACAGACAUCUGCAGGUGCUGAUCAUUUAACCAAAUAGACAAUUUAUGGGCUAUCUUUUCUAUUGUAAUAUUUCUCUUGGUGCAGAAUUCUUGACAGCCUCUUGAUAUAAUUUUACCGUUUUCCCCUCCUCUUUGCAGUCAAUUCGAGUGGCAGAAAAGAUUAGCCAAAAAGUUGAGGGACAGUUAUCAAAGUCCCAGAAGGAAUUUCUUCUUCGCCAACAGGUGUUUGCAUUGAAUUUCUUGUUUCAAUGUAAACAAUUUUGUUUAUUUUUGCGAUUUUUCCUUAUAAUUAUCAAUGCUCUUUGUGGAACCUGCGGUAAACUAUGAUCUGUUGGGAUCUUUGGCACUGGAGUUAUCAUGCAACCUUUCAACAUUUCAUGUUUCUCUUGCCUGACAUUUGGUGCUCAGUUUUAUUUUAUUUUGACUGUUUAUUGGUGUUGUUGGAUGCUCAAAUCUUCCAGUGUUUCAACUAUCAUUGAUGACGGUCAAAUGUGAGAUUUCUUUGGUCUCUUCAGAGUUUGAUUCCGUAGGAAACUGACAUCUGAUCUUAGGAAAAAUUGCUUGGAUUGCAAAGAGUUUUGGAAGACUAGUUUGAUUGUAGCAUGUCCUUUAAAUACUAGCAUUGUGUUGCAAUCGAAACUCUGUAAUUAAUUUCUGACGUCAACUUUCAGCUCUACUUUCAUAGAACCCCUUUAUCUUGUUAUUACCUGAUGCCACUUCAAUAAUUUCCUUGCAAUGUUUGCCUUUUUUAUUUUAACAUUAAUUUAGACAGUUGUAAUUGUCCUGUCUUACCUUUCCUGAAUCAGUUUCUGGAUAUUACAUCUCAGCAAUAAGUGAGUUCAAAUAGUGAGAUGUUCUUUGUUCUGAUAUCUCUGUUCAGUACCUUUUUCGUGAGUCACUCUCUUGUUUUGUUGGUUCUCGUGGUUUAUGGGGAAGGGCUUUCAUGAAGAUUACUCUACGAAAUAUCAGAAUGUCACUCAUAUUUCCCCCUUUGUUCUACAUCAUAAAAUCGAAGAUGAGGGCCAUCAAGGAAGAGCUGGGGGACAAUGAUGAUGAUGAGGAUGAUCUUGCUGCCCUUGAAAGGAAGAUGCAAAGUGCAGGGAUGCCUCCCAAUGUCUGGAAGCAUGCUCAAAGAGAAUUACGGUGGGUGAUAAUUAUUCUUGAUUGGAUUAGGUGCACUAUCUUUCGCAGAAAAGCCAUGAGGUUUUUUUUUGAAAAUAUGUUGAAUGCUUGCUAUUUUAGAUGUUUUGUUUAUUCUCUCACUACUUGUAUAAUAUUCCCUCUGAUGUUCAUGGUACAAAUCCAUACAUUCCUGAGACAACUGGAUGCUGGCCUCAUUCAACCGAACACCUCCUUUAAUCUCCGAUUACUAUAUAUUGAAGUCUUUAACUAUAGUAUUUGUUCAAAUUUUUUUCACCUUGAUCUCCUUGAUCUCUUUUAUUUAUUUUGUAAUGGAAAAUCAUCCUAUUUUAUUUGUUUUAGUAUGUAUGAAUGCCCUAAUAUCCUGGCAGAAUGUUGCACGUGUAAUUUAAUUUACCAAAAUAAAUCCAAGACUUGAGGUUGAUAUAAAUUCGUCUAUUUAUAGCAUUUAACUGGCCUCUGUUGAGAUUCAAAACCUUUAUGUUUAUUUACCUUUUGUGUUCCUAAUCUUUUUAUUAAUUUCCUUCAAUAUCUAGCUUUGUUAUUGUGUACAAUUUUAGGCAUCUGUGGUACCUUCUAAGUGCGUAAUUUUAUGCAAAUUUUUGCAAAUUUUUCUAUCCAGGCGAUUGCGGAAAAUGCAACCUCAACAACCCGGCUAUAGUAGUUCACGGGGGUACCUGGAACUCCUCGCCGAUCUUCCUUGGCAGAAAGCCAGUGAAGAAUGUGAAUUUGAUCUACGAGCUGCUAAAGAGCGUCUUGACAGUGAUCAUUAUGGUUUGGCCAAAGUUAAACAACGUAUAAUUGAAUAUCUGGCUGUCCGGAAGGUUGCCUCCUAACUGUGUUUUAGAAUAAACCCUUUUUAUAAGAAUACAAAUGUAACUUGCCAAAUCAAUGAAAUGCAGCUGAAACCAGAUGCUAGAGGCCCAGUAUUAUGUUUUGUUGGCCCCCCAGGUGUGGGAAAGACUUCGUUGGCAUCAUCUAUUGCUGCCGCCUUAAACAGAAAAUUUGUGAGGAUCUCUCUUGGUGGGGUUAAGGAUGAGGCUGAUAUUCGAGGUCAUAGACGAACAUAUAUUGGAAGCAUGCCAGGACGCCUUAUUGAUGGCUUAAAGGUUUGUUUUUAAUCUUAUUUAUCAUUUUCGUCCGGCUAUCUUUAUUCGUUGUAGUUUAACCCAUGCAUUCCUUUUAUUUUUUUGGUAGAUUUGACUUAUCUGAGGUCCUUUAUUUGUAUUCUUACCCCGAUUUGACUUGUUUGGUAAAUCAUGUAAAUAGAGGAUGGGAAAAACACUUUGCCAUGUCUUACCCCGAUUUGCAAAAGGCCUGAAUGUUUCUUUCCUUGUUUUGUUCCUAUUGAUAUAGAGUUAUAUUUUCUUGUUUGACUUACCUCAACAAAUUUUUUAAGAAACAUUUUUUAGUGUGUGCUCUCCUCUUUGUAAGUAAAUCAUUUCGUGAUAUUUUUCAUGGAUUAUUUUUUAUUUUUCUACUUAUGGGACUAGACAGUUAUUUACAUUCUUUCACCAAGGUGGUUUGUUGAGAUAUCCAAUUUCCUUUGCAGCGGGUAGGGGUUUGCAACCCAGUCAUGCUGCUGGAUGAAAUUGACAAGACUGGUUCAGAUGUUCGUGGGGAUCCAGCAUCAGCCCUGCUUGAGGUCCUUGAUCCAGAGCAGAACAAAACUUUCAAUGACCAGUAUCCUAUGAACUACAUAAUUUAGAACUUGGUUACAACUACUUUUUACUCUUUACAAAAAUGUCAUGUAUGGCGACACUUAUCAUGACAUAGAUGCUACUUUCCUUCUUUCUAUCUGAUGUUAGUUAUGAACAUGUUGCAUUUGUCAUUUAGGACACGUCAAACAGAUGUUCUCUAUUGAGAAAUAUAUAAAAAGAAUGAUUGUACUUCAAAACUUAGAAUUUUAUUUUCGGAAGCAAGUACAAUCAUUUCAAUAAUGCAUUUUAUUUAUUGAAAAAUGCAUCUAAUAUAAAUCAACACUUAGUUCUUUAUGCAUAUUCUUCAUUCUAUGUUGAUUUAGUUCUCUUUUGAACUAUAAAUUGUUGAUAGACUUGCAGUAUUCCACGGGUUCCUUAAGUCAAAACUUCAGCUAUUUGAAUGUCCCUUUUGAUCUUUCAAAGGUAAUAUUUGUUGCAACUGCUAAUAGGGCCCAACCAAUUCCUCCUCCACUUUUGGACCGUAUGGAAGUCAUUGAGCUACCUGGUUAUACUCCUGAGGAGAAGUUAAAGAUAGCCACAAGACAUUUGAUACCUCGAGUUUUGGACCAGCAUGGAUUGAAUUCUGAUUUUCUUCAGAUACCUGAGGUUUGGAUUUAUUCUGCAUGGUCAAUUGAAUCGAUGAUGUUGUCUUAAGUUGUAUAUGAGCAUUACUAUUGUUUGUUUGUGGCUUGUUGCUUACUUGUAUAGGCAUGCUACAAUCUCAUCAUCUUUCCUGCCAUCUUUGUGCUUCUAACAUGUGAAAAAUUUAUUGAACGACCCGAAGCAUUAUCAUGCUUAGGACAAGUUUAUUUGUAUAUUUAUCCUAUAGCCGAGCUAAUGUUUGCAUAUUUGCACAGAAUGCUGAAAAUAGGACCUUGAGAUAAUUCUAGUAGAAUAAUCUUUUAUAGUGCUUCAAUAGUUAUCUUUCUCCUGAAGUGGAAGGCCAUUUGGCCAGGAUAAACUUUGUUUUGACCUUGUCACAUCGUGUUCAAAGAAACCUGUGACCUCAUUCAUUAUAGGUGGAACUAGAGAAAUUCUGCUAAUUUGAAUCCAAAUUUGUAGCAUUUUACUGGUAAUUGCUAUCGAUUUCUCCGAUUUCUUUAGAAUUUUUAUGUUUUUAAAUUUGACAUGAAAAUACUUUUUUUUGGGGUUGUGGAAACAAUGCUCCAAUUCUCAUUUCAUUUAAAUAUGAUUUUCUAAGGAAUUACCCGGAGUUUAUGAGACUGGUGGUGUUUCACUGGCCAGUAAUGAUUUGACUUUGUGUGGCUUUAUCUUUGUUUGUUGCUGCCUGAGCACACUUUAGCCAUGAAUUUUUAUUAUAGACUUCAAAGAGGGAAUUUUCAUAUUUUUGAGUAAUAACAAAUUCUUCUCUUUAAUUUUUUUUACCCAGCAUAUACGAGUCGCUUUUUUGUGUAAGCUUGUGUAUCUCUAAUGGUUCCCCUGAUUAUAUUCCUGCAUUUUGUGGCAUCUGGGCCGCCCACUUUUCUAAAGUUGGUUUUAUCUAAAAUUAAAUCUAUGAUCGAGUUUUUACUCAUGAGUUUCACCAAGUAUUAUGGCUUGAAUUAGAGUCAUUAUUCAUUUCAUGUUUUCCGACGACUGAGCUUAUGUCAGAUAGUUGACAUUAUGAUUAUAUUUCUAUGCAUAAAUCAAACACAGCUGAAGUUGUAGUUGAUUAAUUCACUCAUUUGAAUGAUUAAUGAUUCAUUAUCUGUUUAGAAAUCUCCAUCGUUUUGUCUUGAUUUGUUAGUCCCCAAUUUUUUCCUUUACAUUUUCUGUUAUUAUAAUGUCUUUGUUUUUGGUAGGAAAUGGUUAAACUUGUAAUUCAGAGGUACACUAGAGAAGCUGGAGUGAGAAAUCUUGAAAGAAAGCUGGCAGCCUUAGCUCGUGCUGCUGCUGUUAGAGUUGCUGAGCAAAAUUCACUUCGAUUAAGUAAAGAUGUGCAGCCGGUAACAUCUUCACUACUCGAUGCUCGACUUGCUGAUGGCGCUGAGGUUGAAAUGGAGGAUAUCACAAUGGCUGUGAACAAUAAUGAAAUAUCAAAUGCUUUGAGGGCUGCUUCAAACAUGGUCGUGGAUGAAACGUUGCUGGAAAAAGUUCUAGGGGUAAUAUUUACCUUUCUUCUAAGAGAGCGUUAUGUAAAAAAUAGAAAAAGGGGUUUUCAACUCCUGUUGAAGCUAAAACUGAGUAAAUUUCAUAUCUUGGCCUGCAGCCUCCUGUAUUUGACGAUAGGGAAGCUGCGGAACGCGUGGCAUCUCCAGGGGUAUCCAUUGGGCUUGUAUGGACAUCCGUUGGUGGCGAGGUCCAGUUUGUUGAGGCAUCAAUGAUGGCUGGAAAGGGUGAUUUGCAUCUUACUGGGCAACUUGGUGAUGUUAUAAAAGAAUCAGCACAGAUAGCUCUGACUUGGGUAUGCAGUUGAACUUUAUCUUCAGACUUGAUUAUCUAGUCUACAUGUCCCAAAAAGAUGCUACACUGUGGUGCUUGUCUUCCUUUACUUAUAAUGUUUAUAGCUGUGCAAUAAUGCUAUGUAACUUUAGUUUCCCUCUGUAAUUAGCUGUACUUCAGAUGAUUGCCUUAAAUGUAUCUAGAGAAUCAUGAUUUGAUUGCUGUGGGUCUGGUUUAAUUAAAUCUGUUUCUGAAUCUGUGCCAAAUGUCGGGAUCAUGAAAAUAAGUUGCAUGUUUCGUCACUUAGCAAUGCUUCUUCCCCUACUUACCUGUUUGGUGGGUGCGAGAUGACCCCUUCUUGCUGAGAAGAACCCCAAUAGUAUCUGAUAGUAGCUUUAAACGCUUAUUUACCUUCAGUUGCCAUUCAUUUGUUCCGAGAAACCUCUGAGAGCGUAAAACACUUACUGAAUAGUUGUUUUAAGGAUUCGCUUGGGAAGAAAGUAAACCGAAAUGGAUCUACCUUUCUUAAUUAAUUUACCUUCUCCUGUUGGUUCAAUGUUCAAUUCCUCUCUCUCGGCUUCCCUAGAAACCAGACCGACUGAAUAAGGGCAUAGAAACAAACAGCUGUGAAACUAAUUGAAAGUUAAGCACAGAGAAUUAAAAAGCUAGCAGCGUUUUUUAUUCUACUAGGAAAAGGAGAAAAAGGGUCAAAUUUAUCUCCGAAAGUGGAAAAACUAAUAGAAUCAGCUGGUAGCUAGCAAAUUUUGGUCUGAUGUGGGUAGAGGAAGACCCAGAAAACAAUGCGGGCAGAAAGAAAGGGAGGGUGGGGAGGAAGAAGAACAGAAAAAGAGGACUAGGAAAGAAAAUCAAAAUGUAGAAAAUACGCCUGCCUCGCUUGCAGUUUAGGGAUUUUACUAUUGAAACACUCAUUUUUUAUCAAUUGUGCAAUUAUUUUGGUAUUCUAUUUAUGCUUGAUAUGAUUAUGUAUGUUUUUUUGUUGUGAAUUUGCAUUUUACUAUUGAAACACUCAUUUUUUAUCAAUUGUGCAAUUAUUUUGGUAUUCUAUUUAUGCUUGAUAUGAUUAUAUAUGUUUUUUUGUUGUGAAUUUACACAGAUGUUACUAGGCAUUUUCCUUGGAGGUAGAGGAGUUAGAAUAUUAUUUUAUUUCUCAAUAUGGUGUAGGAGGAUAUAGAAGCUCAGGAAUAAAGCAAGAAUAACGAAUAUGGUUGUUAAUACAUGGUCACAUGACGUCAUUUCUAAGUAAUUUUGCACCAUAUUAUCCAGUAUUUUUUACUUGUACUCUGAUAAGGAGAGUAAUAUGUACGAGACGAGCACUACCACUAUGGCAGUGCAAUACCUUUGCCUUAAAAAUAGACAGCAGUAACUCAAAUAUAGUACUCUAAGGAAUAGUAAUUUAGCCAUUCUUUAAGUGUAUUAUGAAAGAUAGAUAUUUCAAUAUUAAUUAGUUUUCACUUCUGGUGGAUCAGUAUUUUAUUUACACUAACGAAUGACUAUCUUUUAAUUCAAUGUUACAUUUUUGUCUUAUUGGUUAGGUGAGAGGACGUGCAAUGGAUCUUAAAAUAUCAGCUCCUGGGGGAAACAGUCUACUGGACAGUAGGGACGUUCACAUUCAUUUCCCCGCAGGUGCUGUGCCUAAAGAUGGACCUUCAGCAGGAGUUACGCUGGUGACCUCGUUAAUUUCACUGUUCAGUCAAAAGAAUGUUCGGGCAGAUACAGCAAUGACUGGAGAGAUGACUUUAAGGGGCCUCGUAUUGCCUGUUGGUGGCAUCAAGGACAAGGUGCGUGUUCCAAAUUCUCUUUUUUUCUGAUCCAAAAUUUCAAGAUUUGCCACUAGGAACUUUGCGUUUUUCACCCAGGUAAUAUGACAAACGACCUUAAGUGCAGCAAAAUAGGAAGGGAUGACUGAAAUUAAGGGAAUGCAGGGUAAGUUUGAGAUUUAAAGGAACAUGGAUGAAAUAAGGAUUUCCCUGUACAAUGGUCUUUUGCAAGUAGUCACCUCCAGUCUUAGGCUGAACAAUGUCUAUUUCUAUCAAAUUCUCUCUGAAUCUCCGGCACCAUCUUUUCCACUUCUGCAAAGUGACAUAUCUCUGUCAUUACAACAUGAAUGCCUUCUGCUGCCAGCAAAGUGUUUGGAAAGAUCUCCUAUAGGAAUGAAGCUUGUGGCAUAUUGCUCGCAAUAUUAUUCUGUCUAUUUUUUGGAUAAAACUUGAACUCGACAAUUGUCACAUCCUCCUGUGAAGAUAGGGGCCAAUUGGAAUAAAAGGGGAAAACUGGAGCCUAAUUUAGGAAGAACGGAUAAGAGCUACCAAACAGUUCCUAUGCUUUCGUUCGCAAAAAUGAAACAAUUAUAAAUCUGUACGUUUUUUCUCUCUAAUGAGUUUUAAUAAAAAUGAAAAGUUUGCUUAUGUUAGCACAUAAUUUAAUAAACUUACUGAAUAAGUCGCCUAAUUAACAUUAUGGAGUCACCUGGCAAAAUCUGGGUUAUGUAAAUUCAAUAUAACUAGAAUCAAGUCGACCAUACUACAAUGCAUCUAUCAGGUGAAAGUUUUGCUGCUAGUUUAUUCGCAUAUCAUGUUUAGAUAACCCAGAUUUUGAUUUUUUUGUCUUUACCAAAAUGUUCUCUAUUUGCAUCAUGUUUUCCUCAUUUUUGGUUAUCUUCUCUUCACAGUAAUUGAGGAGAGGGUAGAAUAUACCACUAAUGCUUAGAGUAAGAUUUAGUGAAUGCAGAAUUUCGUAUGGAUUCCCUUUGAGAUUAAGCUUUUUCUUGAUCGACAUUUUCGUUGAUUUGCUUAUUUGUUCCAAUAAAUGCCCACAUUUACUAGUGGCUGUUUAGAUAAGACAUUUUUGAGUCUUAUGCGUAAUACUGUAUUAUAUAAUAUGGAAAUGGAUAACUUGUGGUAAAAAUGGACCUGGGUUCCCUCAAAUGAGGAAAGUAUUUCACUAAUUGUUCUUCGUAUUACAUUUUCCUCGUUUCCUCUAUUUUACUCUAUUUUCAUCUAUUUCACUAUUUUCUUCUCUUCCAUUCCAUAAUCAAGAUCUUUUUAUCGAGUGUUUAUUCGUCCAAUGGAAUCCCCAGGUCUUGGCUGCUCACAGGAAUGGCAUAAAGCGAGUGAUUAUUCCUGAGAGGAAUCUUAAAGACCUUGUGGAAAUUCCAUCAUCUAUUCUAAGUGGCAUGGAGGUACAUAUGGAUUGUUAUAUUAUGAUAUGAGUUUCCUUUCUUCUUUCCAAGUGCCUUUUUACAGAUGCUUAUUGAUGAUACUCUAGAGGCUCUGAUAAGCAGUAUCUUAUAAAAUUCGUUAACUUUAUUUUGCCUAGCAGUAGAAAGUGACUUACAAAGUAUUCUUGAUCACAAUUCGAAAGCAUUUAUGCCAGAGCAUUUGGGCAGGUCCUGAUUCAAGUGAAAAAUUGUUCUUUUUUUUUUUUUUUUUUCCUUCACGUUCACUUCCUUGAAACUACAGAUAUGAUUGCUUUUAGAUUACUGGAGAAAUUACGGCCUGGAUAAUCCCAAUAGCUCUUUCUUAGGUAGAAAGCCAGAUAACCUUGGAAAGAUACAUCUCUGAAUAAUUCUACCUCUGCCAAAAGAGGUACAAACGGAAAUUUCUUAUAAUAUUUAUUUUAAAAAUUCUAAUUCCGAAAUUCCCACCAACAUGCAACAGCUACCUCCUUGUUUUCUCUAUUCGAGUUCUUUUUAUCUUCCUGCCCUGGGAUACUCAAAAGGGUGAUGAGAACUCUCCCAAACGAUUCUUUGUCAAUCUUCUUUGCACAACCUCGAACCAUCACAAAUGAAUUUAGCAUACUUUAUUUUUUAUCAUAAUUUUUUCAAAGCCACAAAAGGCCUCCUUCAGUGUUAAAAGGGUCUUAAGUUCCGAGUACAACAGUGCCUGGCUAGAGCUCCACAGAAGAAUUCCACAAGGGGAGUCAGCACCCACCCUCAUCAGCCCUCCAAGAGGCCUUUGAUGACCCUUGAAUGGUUUCUGGAUUUCCAAUCCUGUUGCAUAGUUGAAUUUUCUCUUUGUUGGAAGUUCUAGGUCAUAGGGAAAUAGUGUAAUUAGUUGAUGGUGUUUUUGGAAAAGUGUCUAAGAUUUCUCCCUAGAUUAAGGGAUGUAAUGGUUGAAUGGAAUUGAGGCGAUUUCUCCAUUCCAACACUCUUGUUGUUCUCUUCAACCAUGCUGCUAGUGAAAUUUUGAAAUUUACGAGUCAUCAUCUGAAGACUAUGAAUGAUUAUAAAUUGAAGGAAAAGUUUGGCCUUCUCUUAUGGAAAGUGUGCAUCCAUUUUCUGUAAAAUAUUUUGGUCUUGAUCUUCUCCGCCAAGCUUCUUUGUUCUCCUGAAAAUCUGUCUGGAAUUCUUGAGUCUCCCGAAAAUGGUCAUGUCGUUCUUGGCCCUUGCACUUUAUGGUACUCCAACAAUGUCAUUUUAGGAGGUAAUAUUUACAAUGCCUCAAAUGGGAGUCUGGUAGUGUGAAGAGUUGUCUUCUCUCUCUCUCUCUCUCUCUCUCUCUCUCUCUCUGUAACUUGUUUCUCGCCAAUUGUACAGAUACUUCUAGCCAAGCGCAUCGAGGAUGUGCUGGAACAAGCUUUUGAAGGCGGCUGCCCAUGGAGGAGGUCUGCAAAAUUGUAG